AUGGCUGAAAAGGAGAUUGCAGCUCUGAAGAGCGACUUCCCGGACGCAUUCAGAUGCGGCCGUAUCAGCUCCUUGUCCAUGUAUGAUGGCAUCUAUUGCCCGCUUUGUUCAGAGGACGCGGCCAAGGGGGCUUUACUCAUCGAAUGUCCGCCCUACGUAGGGAAGAAUUGCAACGGUGACUACUACUGUAGACACAUCUACACCACGGAGAUCUGCGCCUUCUUCUACUGGAAUGCUGAUGGGUCGACCUAUCUAGCUCGUCCCGACGGCUCUGGAUACUACACACGGCCAGAUGGAGAAGUUUACACAUACGGCCCCGAUAGCGAUGUCGUGAAAGAACCCCGUCUGCCUUGGUGGGUGCUGGCAAUGGACAUGUCCACCAUGGGGCACUUCGAGAUGAGACUCAGGCAGAUUUUCCAAAUCUGCAACGAGCAAAGCCCGUAA